GAUAAGAAUAAAAUAGCCAUCAGACUACCUCUGGUUCUAUCUCAUCAAUCAUCAUGACGAUGGAAGAGGAGGAAAUGUUCCUGAUCCGAUGCUGCCGAUGACGUCGAGACACGUGCAUCGCCGGCCUCGGGUUGGUCUCUUCUCUCCGGUCCUCCACCAAGGCAUUAUCACAUCAAUCUUCUCAUGGCGGCCUUCAGGUUCACGCAGAAGCCUUGAUCAACUCCUCGAUGACUUUCCUGGGUCCCAAAAGGCUUGCCCUUGCAUGAUAAUAUGAGGACGGCCACCCUCUUUGGCCGUUUCUUUUGGUGCCGAGGUGGUGGAAGUCCGCAACUACUAACCCGCUUUGCAACGCCAUUUCGAUUCCGCUCAAAACAUACGCCAUGGCCUCCAGGUCCGUGGAGGUCAUUUCACAGGAAGGCGCCCGUGGGAAGAACGGUACUGUUUGCGGCACUGACGCCGGGCGCCUUCUUAGAGUUGGCGGAGAAUGGAGAUGGUCAUGACAAGACUGGGGAGAUGCAGAUGCUAGAAGUUUCGCGUCAAGAGAUUCGAAAAAGUGUCUCCGAGGAUGCGCGAGGCUUGACGAAACUUUGUCAAGAGCUCUUUGUGUUUUGGUACUGCUACAUAUACGACCCAAUCGCUACCGGCUUUCGGUUCGUCCAUUUGGCGAUUGUUUUCAUUCCUGUCAUCAUUACUGUGCCCGCUAUAUGGUUUGGACGACGGCUCGACGAUGGAAAGGGGGAGCGGGCAGGAGCCGUUUGGUGGUACGGCUAUUUAGUCAGGUCAAUGGAGCGUGCUGGCCCAGCGUUCAUCAAGCUCGGACAAUGGGCUGCAUCACGCAGCGAUAUCUUUCCGCCGGAAAUGUGCAACAUUAUGUCUUCACUACAUUCUCAUGCUCCUGCGCAUUCGUUGCAUCAGACUAAAAAGACGAUAAGCAAGGCUUUCAAUGGUCUACCAUUCGAGGAGAUUUUUGAGGAGUUCUACGAGGAACCGCUAGGAGUUGGGGCUAUCGCUCAAGUAUACAAGGCAAAGCUCAAGCCGAGCCUGGCUGUGAUGGACGAUCAGGCUCUGACACUUGAGGACAGAAGCUUCCGCGGAAAGGUAAGAAAGAAUGUCGACGUGCUGGUAAAGAGUUCGCCGCGACGGGUUCCGUCCUCGUACGUGGCCAUUAAAGUGCUCCAUCCAAAGGUUGAGCGCGUGAUCCGAAGGGAUUUGCGAAUCAUGUCUUUCUUCGCAUCGUUGAUUAAUGCCAUCCCCACAAUGCACUGGUUGUCCUUGCCGGAUGAAGUACAGCAGUUUGGUGAGAUGAUGAAACUACAACUGGACCUCAGAAUCGAGGCAUCCAACCUUGUGAUCUUUCGCCAGAAAUUCAAAUCACGAACUACCGCUUGGUUUCCCUACCCAUACUUGGAGUAUACCACGCGUGAAGUACUUGUCGAAGAAUUCGCCCAAGGGAUCCCCUUGGAGACUUUCUUGGGCGUUGGAGGGGGUGUUUACCAGCAAGAGAUUGCAAACGAGGGUCUGGACGCGUUCCUUCAUAUGCUUCUGAUCGACAACUUUGUUCACGCUGAUUUGCACCCGGGGAAUAUAAUGGUCCGAUUUUAUCAACCGGCUGAAUUGGACUUAUCACUCGGCAAGCGCAGUCGGGUUUCAGAUGCGCCAACCGCCGCCGAAGCUGAUGUGACCGAGACUGUACUGGCCCGAUUGAGGCCGCACGCCCAUGAUCGGGAGGCCUGGAACGCUGCUCUGUCCCAGCUGAAUGCUGAGGGCUAUCGCCCCCAGCUCAUUUUUAUCGACACUGGCCUGGUGACCCAGCUCAACGAGAGCAACCGGAGAAACUUCCUCGACCUGUUCCGAGCGGUAGCCGAGUUUGACGGGUUCAGAGCGGGCCAAUUGAUGGUUGAGCGGUGCCGUCAGCCGGAAGAAGUCAUCGACGCUGAAGUCUUCGCGCUGAAAAUGGAGCACCUGGUCUACAACAUUAAAUCACGGACAUUCGCAUUGGGCAACAUCAAAAUUGGGGACGUGCUGAGCGAGGUACUAUCCAUGGUCCGAAGCCAUCACGUUCGGCUCGAGGGCGAUUUUGUCAAUGUGGUCAUCUCUAUCCUUCUUCUCGAAGGCAUCGGUCGAAGUCUGGAUCCAGGCCUGGAUCUCUUCAAGAGUGCUCUACCGAUCUUGCGGCAGCUUGGGUCCGGUGCGACCCUUCUUAGCUCCGUCCGUUCGGGCGAUACUUCCAUGCUCCGUGUCUGGGUUGGUCUCGAAGCGCGUGGCCUCCUCCAGGCUAGCAUUGAGAGUGUGGAGCAGUGUGUGAAAUAUGACCUGUUGUCUCCAAACAUUUAACAGACGGCGAAAUACAGCCCCUCACCACUCAUCUGGAAUUGUGUCUCUACUUACAAGGCCGGAGUUCAAGGUAACGUUUACUUUUCUAGAGUCUGCGGGUACUGCGGCAAUUAUACGAUGCAAACGCUGCAAUGAUUGACACUUCAGGGUCAGUUCUUGAGGUUUUUAGAAGCCAGCAGCCACUCGACCGCAGCAACCUCGAGAGCUGUCUCUGGUCGUCAAGAAUGAGAGCCUUUCUCGAUCGAUUUCCAAAACCCAGCGAUAUACAUGCAACCCUGCUCCUGUCAUAUAAAGAUUCUUCGCCGUACUACUCUUGAUUGUGGUUUGGCUCGUAAUAUGUACAUUGACUUGAUGAACAAAUUAACGACCUAGUUAAAUAGACAUCCUAACCAUGCAUACUUGCCUGCGA